AUGGAAGAUACUGAUCAUUCAAUGCAUCUUGAGUACAUUUCUAAGGACGUUACGGACCAACUAUCCCUUUCUGCACGAUAUCUGGACCUGGAUACAGUCGACAUCGCUAGAAUGGUUUCAGAAACGAUGCUCGAGGCUCGUUACAUCUGUGCCAAGGUCAACCUCCCCGACCCACGAGUCUUCAACGUUACGUGGCACGUGAAUUCGAUAUUGCAACGUCUGCUCCACAUGAAUUUGGAAGACGAUGGAUCUUGCUCCGAAAAUCUGACUGAUGCAUGUCGCUACGCGCCUUGCAUGUUUCUGCUCCUGCCCUUCAACAACCAGCCCCCUACUCUUCUGUGUUCUAGCGAUCGGAGCCGUCAUCUCAACCAGUUCCUCGAAAGGGACUGGUUCAUCGCUCAUUUGAUCUUCGCGGCGGCGAACCUACACGUUACGUGCUGGGAAGAUAUGGAGGCGGCUAUGCAGAAGAUUCUGUGGCUGGAUGGGUAUAUCGAUUGCAUGUUCGCUCAGUUGUGGGAGGACAUCGAGUGCUUGUCAAGGGAUCGGAAUGCAUAUAACCCUUAUAGUGCUGUGCUGUUUCGCCCGCAGUGCGAUGGUGGAGGAGGUCGUUUUGCACAAUCGAUUGCAGGCCAAUCCGAAAAUAUGGUGAGCCUAGGGGCGAAGAUCCGGGCGAAGAUCCGGAAGGAUCCGAAUCUUCCUCGAUUGGGAAGGGGUAUCAAACUGGGAUUAAGGGGACUUCGUGCUGGCGCGGGGACAUACUUCAGCGACAAAGUGCCAGUUUUCCAGUGGAUUUCUGUGUAUUCUCCCAAAUGGAUCAUAGAUGAUGCGCUGGCUGGAUCGUCUGUCGGUCUGCUUCUUCUUCCGCAGGCCUUGAUGUAUUCCAUGGUCGCCGGCGUUCCCAUUCAACAAGCAUUAUUUGCGAGCUGGCUGCCAGGCUUGAUUUAUGCUUUCAUGGGCACUUCGAGAGACAUCAGUCUUGGUCCUACUUUCUCUUCCGCACUUUUCACGGGCAUUGUCGUCAAAGAUCUCGGCAUCUUUGGAGUACCUGCGCCGAUUGCUGUUUCCGCCGUGAGCUUCUCGCUGGGGCUAUGGUCGAUGGCAUUCGGGAUGCUCAAAUUAGGCUUCCUAUUCGACUUCAUUUCGCUCCCGAUGAGCCUCGGUUUCGCGAUGGGUACAGCACUCGUGGUUUCCAAUAGCCAGAUACCUGCCAUUCUGGGACUGAACGGCAUCACGAUUAUAUUCUCCGAAAUGAUGCCACAAAUAAUCAAGCAGAUAAAGGAGACGAGACCGCUUACCGUUUUUAUCGCCUUCGUAUCGAUCGUCAUACUCACGGCGACAACGUAUGUCGCAAGCAAAUGGGGCAAAAAGAACGGAUAUAUUCGCUUCUGGACGAAUAGUCGCAACUUGGUUGUCCUCGGCUUGUUCACGGGAAUGAGCUACUAUGUCAAUAAUGGUCUGCAAUUUCCUAUGUUCUCUGUCCUUGGGCCAGUCAACGCAACUAUUCCUGCACCUUCACUGCCGAAAGGCAGAUUAGUUUCACAACUGGUGAUGGCGAUGUUUAGCCUUAUGACUUCUACGGCUCUAGAGCAUGUUACUCUUGCCAAAGCUUUUGCUUAUAAGAACGGCUAUACUAUCGAUGCAAGCCAGGAAGUUUUCUCCAUCGGUGUAGCCAACAUCGUAAAUUCAUUGUUUGGUGGGCUACCAGUAGGAGGGGGAGACAUGGCGCGAGCUUCAGUCAACGCGACAUCGGGAGUAAAGAGUCCUCUGUCUGGAUUGUUUACAUCCUUCACGGUUAUCCUGGGGAUGUAUGCACUCGGCCCCAGCCUGACUUUCAUGCCCCUCGCCACCGUUGCAGCAGUGAUUGCCGUUACAGUUCUCGACCAGCAGCCAGCGCAGGCACUCAUGGGUAAAUACUGGAAGACAUCAUUCGUGGACUUCGUCACUCUCUUCCUGGCGUUCACUAUGACCUUCAUGGGAUCGGCAGCCGUCGGCAUCGGCAUGGCUUUCUGCUUCGCGGCCUUCUACACGCUGAUGCGGGUCAUGUUCUCCCGCCCUGGAUCGCUCGUUUCCAUCGACCUCGAGAGCAAGUACACCAACGACACACCUCCGUGGUGGGCGAAGGAAGACCGGGUCCCGCCCGGUAGCCAGGUCAUCCGGCUCGAGACGGAUGCCAUCUGGCUGAACGCUGAGCGGCUCAAGCGCCACAUCAUGGACACGGUGUACACCUACCAGUCCGGCGUCCCGAGAGGCAAGUCCGCGGCCAAGAGACGAGUCUGGAACUAUCGCCGCGACAAACACAUCGCCAAGCUCCGCCGGAAAGCCCGCGUCAACGACACCGAUACUUUUAUCCCUCGACUGCGUGUGGUGAUCCUCGACCUGACAUCCACCUCCUUCAUCGAUAGCUGCGCCAUCCAGAUCCUCGAGGAGAUCAAGCUCGAGCUGAGGGCGUACGCGGGAGAGGGUGUGGAGUUCCGUUUCGUGGGCAUGAACACGAACGUCCGGAGGCGGUUCGCACGGGCUGGUUGGAAGAUCGUCUCGCCCAACGGAAAUCACCAAGAGCCCGUCAUUGGACUCGCACUGGGCGGUGAAGAGAUGGAGUCGGAGAAAGAGAAAGAGGACGACCGGGUGAAGGACUUGUGGUUUGAGUUCCUGCCACACGCGAUCCAACACAUCUCGCCGACGGGCCCCGAGGGCUACGAUUUCGAGGAGGUGAGCGUGCGAGUGAACAUGAAGAAAUUCUGA